CUUCUGAACCAGGCGUGGGGGUUCCCGAAUCCUGUGGUCUCGAUCGCUGAAAUCCAGGCCAGGGUUGACUCGUUCAUGGAUGCGUCUGCAUUGGACUGGGAGUGCAACGCCUUGCAGAGCGUCCGCCCUGGCGUCAUUAUCGAGGAGCUCGUGCUUGCUGAGGACAGCCGGGGGAAGCUGAGCGUCGACGAGUACAAGUUCUACACGGUCUGGGGCCAGGUGAUGUUCGGAGAGAGCGUGCCUUUCUCCUCUGGCGCCGCUAUGGAGAUCUCCCGCGACGGUCAGGUGCUCACCUCGGUCUUGCCAUGCCCUCCUGUUUGCCUCUCGCCGUGCUAUGACCAAAUGGUGCAGAAGGCAGAGCAGAUCGCCCAGGGUGCCCGGACAGAUUUCCUCCGCGUCGAUUUGCUGGUGCACGGGAAGUGCGACGGGCUCUACGUGAGCGAGGUGGAGUUGUACCCGGCCAGCGACUUCAGCGCCCCUCUCAAGGAGCUUGUCGCGCAGCAGUGGCGAAAAGGCUAUGGGAUUUGACCAGCGGUUACCUGGCAUCUUCUCCGCAAGGCGCAGCGAGGAAGCAGCAUCCUGAGCAUUCGGCGAUGCGUCGUAGAGCCAACGGUCGGCGCCCGGCAAUCUGACCGAAGGCACAUCAUCUGAAGUUCAGGACCGUGCCAGCCACCCUGGCCUGCGAGCAGCCUUGGGCCAGGUGGCGAGAACGCCUGCCUGCUCGAGUGGUUGUUCUGGAGGGGUGGUCCAGUCGCGAGCCUUGACCCAUGCGCCAGCGAAACCUCAGGGGCGCCACUGUACAAUCGGCCGCGGACAGGUCCACAGCCAGCAGGAGCAGGUGAUCUUCCGGGCCUCGGAGGGCUCGCCGCCGGGCGCCAGGCUGUUGGCCCAGAGCCGGUCAGCAUCCGUCGACGAAGAAGAACCUUGAGGAGCUUAUGAGGUAAUUAUCGAGCUGCCUGCAACAAACUCCGCCACAGUGCCAGCGCACCAUUGAAACGUGCUGGGAACAUUUCGGCCCGGAUCUCCCGAAUGGCUAGUCAGAGCCAAUUUGGGGCCGGGGGGUCUGGGAAGCAGCCCCACAGUGUUGUAGCGGGGUGUUGGCGUAAGGUUGCAUUGCUGUUGCGUUGUUGCGUUGUCAUGUAAGUGGUCCCCCAAGUAUGGAUGCACCGUUUCUUCUUCCAGCGGUAGCUCCGACUGCAGGCCGCGGAGGGGGGGGCGCCGAUCUUCCUCGGAUGGGCUCUGAAGCACUCUGUGUGGCCAUCUCGCUGCAGCCGUGGGCCGCCUUUCGGCGGCGAGCGAGGGAGGAAGUGCGAAGGCGAAGGCCUUCUCGGAGGGCGGCGGGACUUCGCAGAGGCCCCCGCACCUUCGGGG